ACAAGGUAUGUCUCCAACGGUCACGUUUAUCACACUGGACUGGUCAAAAUCCUACAAAUUCGACGAACUUAUCGCAGACGAAAAUGUCUACUGGAAGUUGAAUAUUCCAAAAGACGAGCUACUUGCACAGUGCGAAGAGACACUCAGUGGAAAAAUUCCUUGGACAUUCAAAGUGGAGCUAGGGCAAGGCCUCAAUUUGUUUGAAUGUUGGGGGACUGUUGUAAUACCAGACAUUGAGCCAUUACUUUCGGUCCAACUCGGCGACUCCUUGGCCGACUCCAAAGAAAUUUCUGCGCCAACAGAUGUUAUAGUUUGGCAGCAUCCUUGCACUCCAGGAGUUGCAGUUUUAGCUCCUUUGUUCGAGGUAAAGCAGUCUUUCACAGGUAAGCCGCUAUCGAGGAAUAAUUUCCCAUUUUUAAGCUUAUCUAUCUUUAAAAGAUUUUCAGACCGCCUCGAUAUUCUUAUAAAACUUCCGAUAAAAAAGACAGAGUGUAGCUGUGUCUAUAAUUCACACUCUAAUGUCACAAAUUAUCGAUCUAUCAGUUGCUCUCUUAUUUCUUCAGGAGGUUACCUGGCAGUUACUCAUGGAAUUUUCAAGCCAAAUACAACUCACUGGUAUGAUCUUCUCCACCGUUCGUCUGGUCACCCAGACAACUAUUCUAUUUGCAAGGAAGUUUCAUUUACCGCUUGUGAGAAGCUAUCAAUUUUGGACUUCACCGUGGUUGACAAUUACAUUUUACUCGUAACCACAAAAGGCCUGAUUAGGUCGGAGUCAAUGGAUGACGUUGCCAAAGGCUUAAACAAGACUAAGGUACACUCUUUAUAUGAACCUCCAUUUGAUAACUGGUCGCCUUUUGAACUGGUCAAUCCACUGAAGGAGUUUCCAGUGCUUGGGGUGGCAUUAGACAUUCCAAGAAAUACAAUGGUCCUACUUAUGAAGGAGCCUAACAAGGUCCGUUCCUUGGUCGCAGUCCUUGAUCCAGUGACUUCCCAACUCUUGCAACCCGUUUUCCAAUUCCCAGAGAAUGCAACCUUAACAAAGAUCACUUUCCACGCUCACACUCAUGUCAUAUAUGUCUACGGAUCCCAGUCGAUCAUAGUUCAGAUAACUUUUUCCCACUACGAUGAGUCUGAUUACAAAGACCUAUUUUGGGGUAUACAGGUGUGGCUAUCACUUGACGGAGGGAACUCGUUUGAGACUUUGCUGGAUACACACCUGCGAGGUGAUUCAGUGUCAUCAUUGUUUGCUAACAGCCUUGGGGACGCUUUUGUUUUGGUUACAAGUCUCGGCGCUUUGUCCAGUGGCUGGUCAGGCUUUCCACGAGUCGGCCAGAUUGAAAAAGCAACUACGUCUUCUAACUGCUCUUUCAAGAUUGCUAGCUUCCAGCAUCGAAAGUCCGUCGACAUAGCUUGUAUACAAAACACCUCUAAUGUGCUUACCCUUAAAACUUAUUGCGUUGAUUUAGCUUCACAGAUCAAAGCGGACAGGAUUGUAAUUUUCAGACCACUUCUCGUUAAUUUUUUUUCUGAAAGAGAAGUAGAAUUUUUGGCUUUUUGCGGUGACGCCUUUUUCACAGAUCAUAUUGGAUGUGUUGACUCAUUUCAGCAGUCUGACGUUGGACGCGUCCUAAGAACAAGAAACGGUGGUUCGGCUCUAAUCACUGGAGUGCAGCACACUACCGUUACAAAUGACUUCAGUGCACGUGUCACAGGUCUCGUCAUUAAGCCAAUUGCUACUGUAGACAAAUCAGACUCCCCUGCUCUCCAUUGCACCCUUCAAGUAAACAUCAGUGGUGUGUAUGCUUAUUUACAGCUGCAAAACUCGGUGAACGAUUCAGGUUGGCGAGGUGAAGACAUUGGUAAGACACUUCGGCUUUCCGGUGGAAUAAGCCUUAUUGUAACAGCUUGUAAAAGUCUCACGUCUGCUACUGGUAGGCUGCCAGCAUCAUGGAACGACACAGAAACUUACAUCGGUGUUUAUGAAGAAGGAACUUGGUUCCUCAUAGAUUUACGGCCUUUUCAUGCGUUUCGUCCAGUUAGCUCUCCAAUACUUCGUGUAUACCAAACGGAUAAUGGUAGAGCUCAAGCUGAUAUAGUAAAUGACGACCAGUUCUUAUUUUCAAACGAAAACGUUGGGGAUGUUCUGAAAUAUGAGCGCGGAUGGGGUGUGAUCACAUCUGUUGUCAAUGCCUCAGUCAGUAUCCUAAAGGCUGGGAUACUGUUACCCGGGAACUUUACGAACAACUGGGGUAUUUACAAGGCAGACGCUACAGUGAGCAGGGAAUCGUACAUCCCUUACAUUCCAAACCCUCAGUUUCAAGGCUGGUGGCUGGCAGAAGACGAGUGCCGGCAUUUCCUUGUUGAAGACCCACCCAGUAGACUUAAGCUCUACCAUAUGGAUUCCGGCGAGAGCCUUUCCUUCACAUUCCGCGCCACAAGUAAAGGAAUUACCGAUGAGAACCCUUCAAAACCUUUGCUAAGGGUGUAUAUUGGAAACACCCUGUUGUUUUAUGUCGAGUCAUCGUACCAGUACUCCAGCAUGAACCACACCCUGGAAGUCACUCUAACCAAACGACCCUUUAUAAGUGGAAUAUCUUCGAUCAGCGGGAGGUUACAUCAAACUGCUUCUCUGUUAUGCAAGAAAGCUUCCUAUACUGUGCACGGUGACUGUCCACCGACUAAAAUGCUGCGUUUCUUAUACCCUUUAUCAUUUUCUCUGGAUGACUUUUUAAAUGCAGAAAUCGCUGACUCUAAAGGUAUUGUAAGGAACUUGAAGCUACCUUUCAACUACAGAGCUCCCUCCCCGAGGGGUAAAGCAAUACCAAUGUCGAAAAAUGCUUAUAAUGUCGACCCACAGAAACCUCUUUACAAGACCACGUACGCCAUAACACGAAGUACACUGAGAUACAAACAAUGUCAAGGGAAAGAUCGUCGCUCUGAUUGUGGGUGUACUAAUCAAAUGAGAGGAUCAUCUCUUGUUAAGCAUUCCGACUGCAUCGAUACUGUUUACCGCAUGAUGUUUAGUGAAACUCUCACUCCGCGCUUUGUUGUGUUACAAGAGGACAGGGUAGAAAAACCGUUGCGCUUUCCGUUUUAUCUUGAAGAACUAAAUCAAAGGAGGGAUUUCACGAUACUUUCACCUAGUGACUUGACUUUCUCGGGUCUAUCGUCACCAGUGCUAAAACAGGAACUUAACAGCUCUAUACAGUUUGAAGGAUCGGGACUGUACCACUUUCGCGCCCGCGUUGUACAAGAAAACUACACAUUCUGUGCCCUGACCGACGACUUCAUGGUGUUUGUGGUUGAUACUCCUUUACCUUUUCCAGUUAAUGAUGUGGUGCGGGCUUGUACUGGAAUGGGAUUCGCCACUUUAUUAUUUUUUGUUUACAUGCGACACUUUCAUGGGAAGAAGAAGAUGAAAAACGAUUAGAACUAACUUCCUUUUUCCUAUUAGUUUGAUGACAACGCAAAAAUGUCAUAUAUUUUACUAGACGCACUGCUAUCCUGUGAAAUAUCGUCUGAGAGUUAUCAGCUU